AUGGUUAUGUUUGUGUCGGCCGAGCUGCCGGAAGCGUUGACCGAGUAUACCGCUCCAGAAAUCCACGACUUGGAAACACUGCCGGCGAUUACGAAGGAUGCCACCUGUGUGGACUGGGCAGCGUGGGUACCUCCGCGAUCGCAACCGGCCGUGGUGAUGCAGGUAGAUCACAUACAUACCCAGUAUGCGCUGCUGUCGUUGUUGGAUAUCACCUCCCCCCCCGUUCCCUUGGCAGCGUAG